AUGCCCAAGUCGAAGCGCAACAGAGUGGUCCACAUGACCCAGGUGGCCAAGAAGACACGCGAGCACAAGGACAAGCUGUUUGAGAACAUUCGCGAGGCCGUCCCAAACUACCAACAUGUAUUCAUCAUCAGCGUCGAGAACAUGCGCAACACACACAUUCAGCAGGUGCGGCAAGAACUCUCAGACUCUCGCAUCUUCCUUGGCAAAACCACCCUCAUGGCACGCGCCCUGGGCAAGACCCCCGAGGAGGCCAUUGUGGACAACAUCGACAAGCUGGCGCCGCACAUGCAAGGAACCGUGGGCCUGCUGCUGACGAACCGGGACCCCGAGGCCGUGCUGACGUACCUGGCGUCGCUCAACUUUGCCGACUUUGCGCGCGCCGGCACCGUGGCCAGCCGCGGCUUCGCCGUGCCCGCGGGCCACGUCAUGAGCACGGGCGGCGAGGUCCCCGCCGAGCACGACGUCCCCAUGGGCCACACCAUUGAGCCCGAGCUGCGCCGCCUCGGCAUGCCCACCCGCAUGGUCCGCGGCAAGAUUGUCAUUGGCGAGGAGGACGGCUCCGGCGAGGGAUACACCGUCUGCCGCGAGGGCGAGACUCUGGAUUCUCGGCAGACUAGGCUGCUCAAGCUCUUUAGCGUCUGUCUGAGUGAGUUUGCUGUCCACGUCCGCGCUUACUGGUCCGCGGCCACUGGCGAGGUCACCGAGGUUGAGCCCGAGGCCGGCGCCGAUGCCGCCGACGGAAUGCAGGAGUAG